AUGAUUGAGGCUCAAAGAUUGUCAUAUAUCAAGGGUAAUCAAAAGAUAAUACGUCGGGACUUCUUAUCUGGAUUGGAGGAGGCUAUGGAGAAAGGUGAUGUCGAUUCAGCAUCAGUUGGAACAAGGAUAGUUCUACCUUCAUCAUUUACUGGUGGAAGAAGAUAUAUGUUUAACAAUUGUCAAGAUGCAAUGACAAUUUGCAAACAUGUUGGAUAUCCAGAUCUUUUUAUAACUGUUACUUGCAACCCAGAGUGGCUUGAAAUUCAAAGGUGUGUUUCUGAAAAAGGCUUGAAUGCCUAUGAUCGCCCUGAUAUCUCGUGUCGGGUUUUUCAUAUUAAAGUGAAGCAGUUAAUGCGUGAUUUGAGGAAAGGUCAAUAUUUUGGGAAAGUCUCAGCUGGAAUGUAUACCAUUGAGUUUCAAAAGAGGGGACUUCCACAUGCCCAUAUACUUAUUUGGUUAGCGCCUGGUUCAAAGCUAACAACACCAGAGAAAUUUGAUUCAGUUAUAUGUGCAGAGUUACCUGAUCCAGUUGCUAGCCCGAAACUAUUUGAAGUUGUUUCUAUGUUCAUGGUCCAUGGUCCAUGUGGUAGUAGUAGAAAAAAUUCUCCGUGCAUGGUAAAUGGUCGGUGUUCCAAAUUUUUUCCUAAGAAAUAUGUGGAUAAGACCUCAUUUGACAUUGAUGGUUAUCCGACAUAUCGAAGGAGGAACACUGGUGUUUUUGUUGAAAGACGUGAUGUUCAAUUAGAUAAUGGGUAUGUUGUUCCUUAUAAUGCAAAAUUGUUAAUGAAGUACCAAGCCCACAUUAACAUUGAAUAUUGUAACAAAUCGAAUUGCAUCAAAUACUUAUUUAAGUAUAUCAACAAAGGAGUUGAUCGGGUUACAGUUUCAAUGAAAAAUGAAUGUAAUGAAGGACAAAAUGUGCCGGAGGUUGAUGAGAUCCAACAAUAUUAUGAUUGUCGUUAUUUGUCUGCUUGUGAAGCUGCUUGGAGAUCAUUUUCAUUUCGUAUUCAUGAUCAUUGGCUUCCCGUUCAGCGAUUACCUUUUCAUAUGCCCAACAAACAAGUUGUAUUAUAUGGUAAUGAAGAACCAAUUGAUAGGGUCGUUCAAAGAGGUCAGAUGUCUGAAACAAUGUUUACUGGGUGGAUGGUUGCUAAUAUGAUAUAUGAACAUGGUAGGCAUUUGACAUAUGCUGAGUAUCCGCAGUUAUUUGUUUGGCAUCCUAAAGAUAAAGAGUGGCGACCACGCAAAAGAGGGUUUUCCAUUGGAAGAAUGAAUUUUAUACCUUUGGGGUGUGGGGAGGUAUAUUAUUUGCGUUUAUUGUUAAAUCUACAAUGUGGAUGCACAAGUUAUGCCGAUUUGAGAACUGUUGAUGGUGUUGUUCGAGUGAGCUUUCAGGAAGCAUGUUCUGCCUUGGGAUUAUUAGAGGAUGAUAAAGAAUUUAUUGAUGGAUUAAUUGAUUGUGCUGAAUUGUCAGGUGGUAUGUCUGUUAGAAAGUUGUUUAUGGUGUUGCUAUUAUCUAAUUCAAUUGUCACACCAGGAAAAGUUUUUGAGGAAACUUGGAGGUUGUUAGCCGAUGGAAUUCUUUAUAAGCGAAGGAAAUUACUUUGCAAUCCAGCUUUGCGUUUGGAUGAUCAGACUUUGAAGACGCUUUGUUUGGUUGAGCUUGAAAAAAUGUUAGUUAAUAAUGGGAAAACACUAAAGGAUUUUCCUGGCAUUCCGUAUCCUAUUUCAGAAGAAGUCCCUCAGUUUGAGAAUGUCAUGUUGUUUAACGAGUUAAGAUUUGACAUUGAUGAUAUGUCAGUUAAACAUAAUGACCAUUUGAUGAAGUUGAAUAAUGGUCAAAGGAAAGUGUAUGAUGAGGUUAUUGAUGCAGUUAAUAAAUCAGAUGGAGGAUUUUAUUUUGUCUAUGGUUCAGGUGGUACAGGAAAAACUUUUCUUUGGAAAACUCUAAGUUAUAGAUUAAGAUCUGAGCGGAAGAUUGUGUUGAAUGUUGCAUCCAGUGGUAUAGCAUCUCUUUUGUUACCUGGUGGGAGGACUGCACAUUCGUUAUUUAGUAUCCCACUUGUGUUAAAUGAGGAUUCAUGUUGUAAUAUUAGGCUGGGUAGUAACAAGGCAGAGUUGCUUAAACAUACAAGUUUAAUUAUAUGGGAUGAGGCACCUAUGGUUAAUAGGUGGGCAUUUGAGGCUGUUGAUAGAACCUUGCGUGAUAUAAUGGAAGUUGGGGAUGUUUAUGGUGGGGGAAAGCCCUUUGGUGGAAAAGUUGUGGUUUUAGGGGGAGAUUUUAGACAAACUCUUCCUAUUAUCCCGAAAGCAAGUAGGGAAGAAAUUGUAAUGGCUACUAUUAACUCAUCAAGACUAUGGAAAUUUUGCAAAGUCUUAAAAUUUACUGAGAAUAUGCGUUUGCAUGGGAAUGAUUCUUUACAUGAUUGUGAAAAAUUGGUUGAAUUUAGCAAGUGGAUACUUGAUAUUGGUGAUGGUAAUUUGGGUGAUUACAAUGAUGGUGAAUGUGAUUUAGAUAUUCCACAUGACUUGAUGGUUCCCUUUAAAGAUGAUGCUGUGUCAAGUAUAGUUUAUUCCACCUACCCUGAUAUUCAAAGGAAAUUUUUUGAUGAGGAAUAUUUUAUUGAUAAAGCUAUUCUUGCUCCCACUUUGGAUAUUGUUGAUAGUGUGAACCAGUUUGUGCUUUCAAUAGUACCUGGCAAAGAAAAAGUGUAUUUAAGUUCAGACAGUGUAGUCAAAGUUGAUGAAGAUGUAGCCAUUGAUGCAAAUUGGAUAACCAUUGAGUUUUUGAACGGCAUUAAGGGAUCUGGACUUCCUGAUCAUAGGUUGUGUUUGAAAAUUGGAACGCCCAUUAUGUUAAUGAGAAAUAUUGAUGUUUCAGCUGGGUUAUGCAAUGGAACUCGGCUUAUUGUGUUGGAUCUUAGACCAAAUUUGAUUUAUGGGAAAGUGCUAAAUGGAAAUAAAGCUGGCACAAAAACAUACAUCCCACGCAUGACUAUUGUUCCUUCUGAUAAUGGUCUACAUGUUAAAGUUCAACGUAGGCAAUUUCUGGUGUGUGUUUGUUUUGCAAUGACAAUUAAUAAGAGUCAAGGGCAGACGUUGUCUCGAGUGGGGGUUUUUUUACCGAGACCUGUUUUUUCCCAUGGUCAACUAUAUGUUGCGUUGUCGCGUGUGAAAUCAAGGGAUGGAUUGAAAAUUUAUGUUGACCAGACAGAGGUUCCGCCUUUGGAGCACACAAAAAAUGUUGUUUACAAAGAAGUAUUCAAAAAUUUAAGCUGAGAUGGGGAAGGUCUCCUAUGUACCAUUUAAUGGAAGGCAUGGAUUCUCAUAAAUGGUAAGUGAUUUUAGGUGUACAUUGCUUGAAUGGAUCUUGUAGCCGUGCUCUUGUAUUGCUCAGUUAAAUAACAGAUUUGUUCAACUAAAAUGAAGUAUGGAUGGCCGUUUUUUGUACUCUAAGUGAUGGUGUUGCAACACUCUCUUUUGGUGGAGGAUAUUGGUUUUUUUGAUUGAUGCAAACUCGUGACUCCCAUUAGAAUGGCUUUUGCUUCCUGGUUCCUUUUUCACAAGUCUACCUCUGCUGGUUAUUUCCUGGAGGUACAGAUUUUGUAUUAAGAAUUUGGUGGAAGGUUUGGUCUUGAUUUUGGAAGGCUUACCAAUUGGGUUUGGGUUGAGUAUUAGUUUUCUUUGUAAACACCCUUGAAAAUUCCUCUUGACUUUUCAAAAUAGGUACUCUUUUUCCUUGCUAGGUUUUCCCAAGGGGGUUUUAUCCUAGAAAGGUUUUAAUGAGGCAUGUUUUGUUAAGUCUAUUUUCAAGGGGGUAUUAGGUG